AUGGCGGGAGAAAUGCCCAUUGUGCUCGACGGAGGAACCGGUUUCCUCAAGGUCGGAUAUGCAGCACAGAACUUCCCAGAGCACCAGUUCCCCUCGAUAGUGGGGCGGCCCAUCUUGCGGACGGAGGAGCAGUCCGGCGACAUCGUGGUGAAGGAUAUCAUGUGCGGUGAUGAAGCUGCCGCUGCUCGCUCCAUGCUCCAGAUCAGCUACCCGAUGGAGAAUGGUAUCGUCAAGAAAUGGGACGACAUGCAACAUCUGUGGAACUACACCUUUUACGACAAGAUGAAGAUCGACCCCACAGGCCGCAAGAUCCUCCUCACCGAGCCCCCGAUGAACCCGCUCAAGAACCGCGAGCAAAUGGCCGAGGUCAUGUUGGAGGGAUACAACUUCGGGGGUGUCUAUGUGGCGAUCCAGGCGGUGCUGGCACUGUAUGCCCAGGGUCUGAGCAGCGGCGUGGUUGUGGACUCCGGUGACGGCGUGACACACGUCAUCCCCGUGUACGAAUCGACCGUGCUGAACCACCACAUUAAGCGAUUGGACGUCGCCGGUCGCGACGUUACCCGUAACCUCAUCGCCCUCCUCCUGCGUCGGGGCUAUGCGCUGAACCGAACCGCCGAUUUUGAGACCGUUCGUCAGAUUAAGGAGAAGCUGUGCUACGUCUCCUACGACCUCGAGCUUGACAAGCAGCUCUCCGAGGACACCACUGUUCUCGUUGAAUCCUACACUCUCCCCGAUGGCCGUGUUAUCCGUGUCGGUAGCGAGCGAUUCGAGGCCGCUGAGUGUCUGUUCCAACCUCAUCUUGUUGAUGUCGAUCAACCCGGUAUGGCGGAAAUGGUCUUCAACACCAUUCAAGGCACCGAUGUCGAUGUUCGAUCCAGUCUAUACAAGGCCAUUGUGCUUUCCGGUGGUAGCAGCAUGUACCCUGGUCUGCCCUCUCGAUUGGAGAAGGAGCUGAAGCAGCUCUGGCUUACCCGGGUUCUGGGCGGUAACCCAGAACGCCUGAAUAAAUUCAAGGUCCGCAUCGAGGACCCUCCUCGACGGAGGCACAUGGUUUUCCUGGGUGGUGCCGUGCUUGCCAACCUGAUCGCCGACAAGGACGACAUGUGGGUAUCCAAGCAGGAGUGGCAGGAACAGGGCGCGCGUGCUCUGGCGAAGCUUGGUCCGCGGUAA